AAGUGUAAUUUCCAUUGUUGCGGUAUGAAGAAGCGCAUUUCAGUCGAUGUGACAUACUCGUACGAGCAAUAAGAAGAAAAGACGACCGAGAAUAUUGUGUGUAAUCGGGAAAUAAUUGGCGGUCGCAUUGCACACAUCUAGUGAAUAGAGUAUUUUGCAAGCGAAAAAACAGUUUUUGUGUUGUUUAAGCAAAGAAUACAAGCCGUGAAUGACUGACAUAUUUUGUUGAGUUCUUAAUAGUGAAAUAGUUUUCGAAAAAUUGCCGAAAUGAAUUCCGGCACAAUUGAAAUUCCGUUGAGAGAUACGGACGAGGUAAUCGAAUUAGAUCCAGAACAAUUACCCGAUGGCGAAGAAGUGCUCAGCAUUUUGCGGCAAGAAGGCUCACAAAUUAACACAUGGGUUAAUGUUGCGCUUGCCUACUAUAAGCAAAAUAAAACACAGGAUUUUAUAAAAAUUCUGGAAAAUGCCCGAACUGAAGCAAACACCGAAUAUCGUGACUAUGAAAAGGAUCAGAUGCGAGCGUAUGAUAUGUUGGCCGCCUAUUAUGUGCAAGAGGCAAAUCGUGAGAAAACCAAGGACAAAAAACGUGAAUUAUUCAUGAAAGCAACACAUUUGUAUACAACGGCCGAUAAAAUUAUCAUGUACGAUCAAAACCACUUGUUGGGUCGAGCAUAUUUUUGUUUGCUUGAAGGUGAUAAAAUGGAACAAGCCGAUGCACAAUUCAAUUUCGUACUGAAUCAAUCACCGUCGAAUAUUCCAUCACUGUUGGGCAAGGCAUGCAUUGCGUUCAAUAAAAAAGAUUUUCGCGGUGCAUUGGCUUUUUACAAGAAAGCAUUACGCACGAAUCCAAAUUGUCCGGCAGCUGUGCGGCUUGGAAUGGGACAUUGUUUUUUGAAAAUGAACAACCAUGAAAAGGCCAGACUGGCAUUCGAGAGAGCAUUGGAAUUGGAUCCACAGUGUGUCGGUGCUUUGGUUGGUUUGGCCAUAUCGAAAUUGAACUUACAUCAACCGGAAGCGAAUCGUAUUGGUGUUCAAAUGUUGUCCAAAGCUUACACUGUCGAUUCAACAAAUCCAAUGGUUUUGAAUCAUUUAGCCAAUCACUUUUUCUUCAAGAAAGACUAUCAAAAAGUGCAACAUUUGGCUUUGCAUGCAUUUCACAAUACCGAAAAUGAAGCGAUGCGAGCUGAAAGCUGUUAUCAAUUGGCGCGUUCGUUCCACGUUCAGGGUGAUUACGAUCAAGCUUUUCAGUAUUAUUACCAAUCGACACAAUUUGCGCCAACGAAUUUUGUAUUGCCACAUUACGGCUUGGGUCAAAUGUACAUUCAACGUGGUGAUGCUGAAAAUGCGGCUCAAUGUUUUGAAAAGGUGUUGAAAGCACAGCCGGGCAACUAUGAAACGAUGAAAAUUCUCGGUUCACUGUACGCAAAUUCAAAUUCACAAUCGAAACGCGACAUUGCCAAAACGCAUCUCAAAAAAGUUACCGAACAAUUUCCCGAUGAUGUCGAAGCAUGGAUUGAAUUAGCCCAGAUUCUUGAGCAAAAUGAUUUGCAAGGUUCAUUGACGGCAUAUGCAACGGCCACACAAAUUCUAAGAGAAAAAGUCAACGAAGAUAUACCACCGGAAAUACUGAAUAAUGUGGCCGCUUUGCAUUAUCGCUUGGGAAAUUUAGAUGAGGCGAGAAAUAAACUGGACGCUGCCAUUGACCGGGCUAAGAUUGAAUCGGAACAAGAUCCACAAUACUAUGAAUCAAUUUCAGUCACCAUGAAAUAUAAUUUAGGACGAUUAAAUGAAGCGAUGUGUGCCUAUGACCAAGCCGAUCAAUUGUACAAAGACAUUUUGAAAGAGCAUCCAAAUUACAUUGACUGCUACCUUCGAUUGGGUUGUAUGGCACGUGACAAAGGUUUGAUUUUUGUCGCUUCCGAUUUUUUCAAAGAUGCAUUGAAAAUAAACACCGAAAAUCCGGACACGCGUUCGCUGCUCGGUAAUUUGCAUUUGGCAAAAAUGCAAUGGAUUUUGGGGCAGAAAAAUUUCGAAACAAUUCUUAAAAAUCCGGCCACAUCACAAGAUUCAUAUUCAUUGAUUGCGCUGGGUAAUUUUUGGUUACAAACGCUGCAUUUGCCAAACAAAGAAAAAGAUCGUGAAAAGAAACAUCAGGAAUCGGCACUAUCCAUUUAUAAACAAGUGCUUCGAACCGAUCCAAAAAAUAUAUGGGCCACAAAUGGUAUUGGUGCAGUUUUGGCGCAUAAAGGUUGCAUCAAUGAGGCUCGUGACAUUUUUGCUCAAGUGCGUGAAGCUACCGCCGAAUUCAGUGAUGUCUGGCUUAAUAUCGCUCACAUUUACGUGGAACAGAAGCAAUAUGUUAGUGCCAUUCAAAUGUAUGAAAAUUGUCUCAAGAAAUUUUAUCGACAUAAUAAUGUAGAAGUCAUGCAGUACCUUGCCAGAGCCUAUUUCCGGGCUGGCAAAUUAAAAGAAGCCAAAACCACAUUGUUAAAAGCCAGACGAGUGGCACCACAAGACACGGUGUUGUUGUUCAAUAUUGCACUUGUCCUGCAACGAUUAGCCAUGUUGAUUCUGAAAGAUGAAAAGUCAACGCUUGAUGUUGUGCUACAAGCAGUCCAUGAAUUGGGAUUGGCACACAAAUAUUUUACUUAUCUUUCGGUGCAUGGUGAUAAACAACGAUAUAACAUUGCAUUGGCCAGUGUUGAAGCGAAUCAAUGUCAAGAUUUAUUGUCACAGGCACAGUAUCAUGUCUCACGAGCUCGUCGCAUCGACGAAGAGGAACGUAAUCUGCGUACGAAACAAGAGCAAGAGCGUGCCGCGUUCAAGAAGCGACAAGAAGAAGAACGUCGUGUCGAAGCGGAAAAACGGCGCAAAGCCGAAGAAGAAAUGUUGGCCAAACGUGAAGAAUACAAAGAAAAAACGAAAGGUGCACUGUUAUUCUCUGAACCACCGCCUGAAAAGAAGAAAGGCGCAGGUAGAGGACGUCGCGAUGAAUAUGUGUCCGAUUCAGGCAGUGGAGGUGAUGGAAAUCGUGAAGGUGGUGACGGUGAAAAACCGCGUAAGAAGGCAACUAAAGGAAGAAAGAAACGUGAAGGCAAAGGCGAUAAACGACGCCGUCGAGAACAUUCGGGUAGCGACAGUGAUGCACCUCGAGAAAAACGGGGCCGAAAGAAGGCAUCCAAAGGUUCAAGACCAGCCAAAAAAGCCAAGGACGAAGGUCUCUCCAACAAACAGAAAAUGCGAAUCGUUUCAAAAGCAACUAUUUCAACAAGUGAAUCAGAAUCGGACAAAGACAAUGGCCGCCGAUCGCGUAGUCGCAGCCGAAGUUCAGGUUCACGAUCAAGAAGUGGUUCAGGCUCACGCUCCGGAUCAUCACGGUCACGAUCACGUAGUGGCUCAAGUCGAUCACGUAGUGGCAGCCGGUCAAAAAGUGGAUCACGAAGCCGGUCUCGCAGUGGAAGUGCCCAUAGUCGCAGCCGUAGUCGAUCUGUCAGAAGCCGAAGUGGAAGCAGAUCACGUUCGAAUUCUCGUUCACGUAGUCGGUCAAAAAGUGGAUCACGAAGUCGGUCUCGCAGUGUUCACAGUCGUAGUCGUAGUCGUAGUCGAUCUGGAACACCUGCAUCACACCGUAGUGGAUCUGUUAAAAGUGGUUCUCGUUCAAGAAGUCGCAGUCACAGUAGAAGUAAAAGCAGAAGUAGAAGUAAUUCUGGUUCACCGGCAAAACGAAGUGGAUCUGGAUCAGAAUAGACUUAAAACCAUGCAAAUUGUUCUGUAAUACCAUUCGUUACUUCAAAAUUUUCGUUUUCCGUAUUCCAACCAAUGUCAAAAUUUUAAGAAAAAUACACACACACACACACACACACACACCCAAAUAAAACGUCUCACCCCUUAAUGAGUAGAAUUAUUUUGUUUCAUCAAAAUUUAAUAAAAAUAAGAAGAAAAAA